GUGCUCGGGCCAGCGGUCGUCGGGUACCCCGAGGGCGCGACGGCCUCGUCCUCCUCCCAGGGGGGCACGGCCCUCGAGCGGCGGCUGCACCAGGUCUUCGCCGACUGCGAGGCGCUCAGCAAAGCGGUGGGCGCGGCGCGGGCCGGCGACCUCGCGGAGGCGCUGCGGGGCCACGCCGAGGUGAAGCGCGUGCUGCGGCCAGAGGGCGACGUGCUGUGG